UACUUUGCGACCCAGCUUUGCAAGCGAGUCCCAUGCAACGUGAGUAAUGUGCGAUAUGGCAGAAUGUUAGCGGGAUAACGGACUUUUGUGGCAACAUAUUUCAAUCUGAACUCAGACGGGGAAUUUGCCACAGUUAAUCUAGCAAUUUAGAUGAAAAAAGAACCCGCGUGUGUUUAGGACAUUUUCAGAAAGUCACUUUUGCAGAAAAAAGUGCGCGGAGGAAUAACAAAAAAGCAACACGUAUCCGGUAUUCCAAAUCCAGAGCAAGGGGAUCAAGACAGCGUAGCUGUGAGUGCGAAGGUGUACGAGGAGAGUUACUCACGCAAGUGGACGAGGAGAGACGGUCGAGAUUUGUCAAUUUCUUCCGACCACGACACAACUAUCUAAGGAAUAAUGAGAAACUUUUGGAUGAUAUUGACCCUCUGCGUAACGGCUUUGCUUUCAUCUGAGAGGUUAGCGGUCUCGGCAGCAGAUGACUUGUACCUGGAGGACACGGGAUCCGGGGGAUACCCAGAGGACGACGACGACUUCAGUUCUGGCUCGGGAUCAGGUAUUGGGGAGGUCAUAGAGGAAGUGGUCACAGUCAACACUCUGUACAUAGCACCAAAUAAUGCAGUGCCCACGGAGGACUCCACCAAAGACUUCACCCCCCGAGUGGAGGCCGUCACUCCCAGAGACACACCCCGGGAAACGCCCAGAAAACCAGUCAGGACAGAGCCCCCUGCUCCAGCCACAGAGGACCCUCGCAGGAAAGCCCUCGGCAGCACCGUCAGUGCUCCCCGCGCCCCCGUGGACCCCUACGAGGUGCGCUCAGAAAACCUCUUCCAGCGGACGGAGGUGCUGGCAGCGGUCAUUGCUGGUGGAGUCAUUGGAUUCCUCUUUGCCAUCUUCCUCAUCCUCCUCCUGGUGUACCGCAUGAGGAAGAAGGACGAAGGCAGCUACGAUCUCGGAGAGAGGAAGCCAUCUGGAGCGGCCUACCAGAAGGCCCCCACCAAGGAGUUUUAUGCGUAGAUCUCCCCAUCAUCAUCCUAUGACCCCCC